CUCGAGCUCAAGCGUGAAUUCAAAUAAUCCUUGAUCAUGGACGUGGAGACCAAUACGCUGCGAAAUUUUCUUUCUCGCUUUUGCGAUAAAUCCCUUCCACAAAGCAAGCAAGACAAGUAUAUUCAAGCGCUACACGCCAUUAAUUUGCGCCAGAGUCGUGUGCUUAUCAUAGAACUUGAUGAUUUAAUCCAGUACUUAAAAGACGAUGUUGGGGACCUCGUGCACGGCGUGGUUAAAAAUGCCAAACGCUAUGUCAACAUAUUUGAUGGAAUCGCAACUGAGAUGCUCCAACAAAUGGAUUCAGCUUCCCCCGAACGUGUGGACGUUUUCGAUGAACUUCAAAGGCAACGAAAACAUCAGAUGGCAGUGAUGCAGGCGUCCGGUGAGCGAAAUUCUAUUGCGUCAGAACGUGGCGAGUUUCUCGAGAGUAAUCGACUAUCUACAGUGGAUGAAUUCCCCACUGCCCUAUUAAGAAGACAUGAAACUCGCCUACUGCCAACUGCGAGCAGUCCUGCUGGUGCACUGCGUGGGUUGCGCGCGUGUGAUAUAGGGCGUUUGGUGAAAGUUUGUGGGAUUGUGACACGUACUUCAGACGUCAAACCGUUAGUUGAAGUGGUAACUUACACCUGUGAGACUUGUGGGUGUGAAGUAUAUGAUGAUGUUUCACGAAAAAAAAACUUCCUGCCACUUUCAAAAUGUACUUCGAAACGAUGUAAUGCCAACAAGAUGGGCGGCCGAUUAUUUGCUCAGACGCGUGGAUCAAAGUUUGUUAAGUACCAAGAGUUGAGAGUACAGGAGUUGCCUCUACACGUUCCCGUUGGACAUGUUCCUCGAUCAAUUACUGUUCACUGUCGUGGUGAAUUGACACGCCAAUGUGCUCCAGGGGACACUGUGACCCUUAGCGGCAUUUUUCUCCCGCAACGUUUCUCUGGCUUUCGAGGUAUGAAAGCUGGUCUCAUUUCGGAUACUUUCUUGGAGGCAAUGUCAGUCGAUAAGGAAAAAAAAAAUUAUAGCGAAAUCGAGGCAGAUGACAAGGUUGAUGCCUUGAUUGACGAUGUUGCGGAUUCCCCUGAUGCAUACUCUCGACUGUCCCGGUCAAUUGCCCCGGAAAUAUUUGGUCACGAGGAUGUGAAAAGAGCACUAUUGCUGCAGCUAGUAGGUGGCGUGACACGCACUCUGGGUGAUGGCGUUCGCUUACGUGGUGAUGUGAAUAUCUGCCUCAUGGGCGACCCUGGCGUUGCUAAAUCACAACUGUUAAAGUCCAUUGCAUCCACGAGUCCACGCGGCGUCUAUACCACCGGAAAGGGGUCAUCAGGAGUUGGAUUAACCGCAGCUGUCGUGCGGGAUGCCACAACCUCGGAAAUGUCCCUCGAAGGCGGCGCCCUGGUGCUUGCUGAUUGUGGAAUCUGUUGCAUAGACGAGUUUGAUAAGAUGGAUGAACACGACCGUACUGCUAUUCACGAGGUCAUGGAACAGCAAACCGUUUCAAUAGCUAAAGCAGGUAUCACAACGACCUUGAAUGCAAGGUCGGCUGUAUUAGCCGCUGCGAACCCUCUUUACGGGCGAUACAACAAAAAAAAAACCAUGGCAGAGAAUAUCAAUCUGCCAAACAGUCUCUUAUCUAGAUUUGAUUUGCUAUUCCUACUACUUGACAAACCCGAAGUUGAGGCUGAUAUUGCACUAGCCCGCCAUGUAACGCACGUGCACAGAUUUCUUUCCAAUCCUGACUUGGACUUCGAACCAUAUGAUUCAGUUUUUAUUCGUCAAUAGGCGCCAGGCUGCGGCUGAUGAUGGCCAAGGUGCCGCCACGCCGCGACAACUUCUUUCAAUUCUUCGUUUGUCUCAAGCCUUGGCAAGACUUCGGUUUGAUGACGUUGUAAAUCAGAACGAUGUCAAUGAGGCCAGUCGUUUAACGCAUGUAUCAAAGGCUUCUCUCGGUCAUCAUGGCUGUGAUAUAGCAAUUGUUGACCCCAAGUCCAAAGCAUUCAAUGUAUUGUGCAAUUAUGCAAGUCAACGUGGGACACACACUGUCAGCUUCCAACAAAUCAAAGAUAUUGCUAUUAAGAAAGCUGUACGUGAACAUGACUUUUUAGCCAUGCUUCAAGAGUAUGAAGAGCUUGGGGUCCUAGUCGUCAGCGC